AUGGAUACAACGAAGAAGCCCGAUCUUCCCGUCAUGCGGUCGGUACUUGCUACGGCCAGUCGAUUACACUCCUUGAGCCGACUUUGCAUCAGGCACUAUCAGGACAGUCUGAUAGCUGCGAAAAGGGAAGGCCGACUGGACGCUCCGGAACUUUCAGCUCACGAUAAGCUCUCAUGGUGCGAAGAACAGCGGAUGAUUCGAGCUUUCUGGAGAGUUCAAGUUGUACUCGAAAUGAACUUGGCGGCGCGCAGAUCUCAGCUCCUCGGGACAAAAGUGGAGGGGAAAGUGCCAAAGGACUUGAAAACAGAGGUUCUUGAUAUUCAGUCUUUCUACGACAGCACUAGUACCAACUUUAAGGCCGCUUAUCACGAGGUGAUGACAGCAGUUGACUAUCUCAAGAGCCUUUCUACCUCCAAGACUGAUAGUGCUACCGCACUCGUGGACCGGAUGCCAUCACCCGAAAGCUCUAUCGAGGACAUCUCACCUUCGUCCCGAGGAAUGCCUGCCACUCCGGAUACUCGUAGGUCCGCGUUGGUGUUGCCUGCCGACAGUCUAUGGAUCGUGGAUAGCAUGGGGAGGAACGCGCAUUCGCCCAUGAAGUUUGCUGGUUUCGAGCCGUAUAGGAGAAUGGGCUUCGCAAUUUGGGACAGAAACAGACUUGCGAGAUUGGGAUUGGCUAGUCCGCCAGGUCAUGGCCGUGUCACAGGAUUGGGGUCGUACUUCUCGUCGUGGGUGAAGCUGCUAGAAUCUCAGGACAUGGCUCGAGCGGAAGACAAAAUGAGAGAGGCGGAGUGUCGAGGCGGGCGGUUGGAUCCUUUACAACCCAUGAUCCAGGAUAAUGCAUCCUAG